AUGGCUCCUUUGAAAGAAAGCCAAAACCCUGUCACUGGCCAAUCCAGCAACCUCCAGUUGGCUCAGUCAGAUACCACUCACCAACCACCACCAAGUGUCAAAAACGAAACCGACGACAACGAUCCACCCGCGCCUGACAUCCUUCAGUUUCUCUCCAACAAAGAAUUCACUGCCUGGAGCGAAUAUCUGGGCAAGGAGAAACACGAGGAUUACAUCCAGUGGAAGAAGAGUAUGAUCGGCGAGGGUCACCUGCAGACGAUAAAUGAGAAUGCAGGGAUCGAGAACAAACAGGGGAACGACGAGAGACCCGGGAUCGAAGAAGCGCCGGUCUCUGGCCUCGACGGCACGAAUCAGAAGAAAAUGCCUGAGAGGGAGCAGGAGCAGGAUUUGACAUUUGGGACGAAGGAGAAACACAUUGUCUCAACAGAAACAAAGGAGAACUAA